AAGUCAACACACGACUUGUCAGCAACACUCUUUUACGAUCGACCAUUUCUUGACCUUCCAUCAAAAGCAUCACACCGAGUUUGCGACCAGCUUUGGCGCCUUUAAUCCUCCAUCCGCCAGUGGCCGAGCAAGCGAUACGUCUUUGCGAUAAGGAGCUGAUAAACUCCGGAACUUCAUCUGGAUCACGUAUCUUACACCUUGUUGUACAAAAUAGCACGUGAACUGGAGAAGCUACGAGCCAUCGUCCGACAAGAAGAUCAGUCUAUCGACAUACACUCACCAAGUUCUUCGCGAAACCACAAGCGGACAAUCACAUAUCGUUUACCACUCUAGCCAUCCACAAGCACGGGUUGCAGCUGAACAGGAUACUCGUAAGCUCUGGCCCCGAUUAUCAUCAUGGUCCAAGACGUGGUGGACGAGAAAGAGCUUGCUCAGGCGAAUGGUAAUGGUCACGCGAAUGGGAAGCCUGUGAACGGGGCACCUCGAGGUCGUGUACAAGAUGAGGAGGACGAACAGACCGACGAGAAUAUAUUCGUGUUCGUACCCAACUUGAUUGGUUAUGGGCGAAUUGUGCUCUGCCUCGCGUCCCUAUACUUCAUGCCGUUGCACCCGAGACGAUGCAGCUUUUUAUACUCGAUCUCCUGCCUGCUCGAUGCAGCCGACGGCAUUGCUGCGCGCAAGUAUGAACAGAGCACAAGAUUUGGCGCGGUACUUGACAUGGUCACGGAUCGAUGCACAACUACCUGCUUGCUGGUAUUCUUAGCUACUGCAAAGCCGGCUUACAGCAUGAUCUUUCAAGGGUUGAUCUCCUUAGAUCUCGCUAGCCACUACAUGCACAUGUAUGCGACGUUGGUCAUGGGCGGCCAAACACAGAGCCAUAAAAAUGUGGAUGCGAAGAGGAGCUACAUCAUGAAUCUCUACUAUACCAACAAGGCCGUUCUCUUCCUCACCUGUGCUUUGAAUGAGCUUUUCUUCAUUGCGCUGUACUUGCUUUGCUUCAGCUCACCCAUCAUCACUCCGGCGCUUAAGUGGCCGACGGAGACGACGCCGACAGUACCACUCCAGCCAACGCCAUCUCUACUUUUCCCUAGUCCAUUCAGCGCCGCCGCCAUGGAGAUGGCUCGUGCGAACAAGAUGGACUCGACAGUACCCUGGAUUUUGACCAUUGCGAGCGCUCCAGUGAUGCUGUUCAAGCAGUGGGUGAACAUCAUCCAGCUGGUCAAGGCAAGCAAAUGGCUUGCGGAGGGUGAUCGCAAGGAUAGGAAGAAGCUAGGUUUGCCAAGGAAGCGAGGUGCAAAGACGGCCAAGAAGGACUUGUAAUGAUAUUCGAUGGUAGCGGAGCAGUGGAAUCUGAUUUCUUCGGUGUAUAGGUGGCAUAAAUUGUGCUUGUCUUUAGCGUGGUGUUUGGGUCUAGGCCGUACCAGGCAGACAGGUCAGCUCCCACGGGAGAGCGCUAUUUCGGCCAGUGUAACAAAUGAUCUGCCAUGGAAUUCCCUAAGGCUCGUACCCCACGGCAUAGUUGUCUAAUGAAUGAAUGUUGCAACGAGGCCUCAGGCUAGCUCAGUGCCGAUAUGUGACUUGCAGAG